AUGACAUCAACAGUUCCACUUAUUGUAAGAUUAUUAGCUUCGUCCGUGUCAGUUGCGAACAGAGCUGGAAAAAUAAUCAGAGAUGUUAUGAGUAAAGGAGAACUUGGUAUUGUUGAAAAGGGAAAAGACGACCUUCAAACAGAGGCAGAUAGAUCUGCGCAGCGAUGUAUUAUUGCAUCACUUUCUGCACAGUUUCCCAAAGUGAAUAUCAUUGGUGAAGAAGAUAAUCCUGAUACUGAGGAUGAGAUUCCCAGUGAUUGGAUUGUUAUAGACACAGAUAAGGAUAUAUUAAAUAUAGGAUGCCCUUCCAAUCUUCAAGGUGUAAAGGAGGAGGACAUUGUGGUGUGGGUGGACCCAUUAGAUGGAACUUCUGAAUAUACUCAAGGUGCCCUAAUGUUGAAGAGAGAUCCUUGGGAAAGAUGGAAAAUGUACUUGACACAUCCCUUUAUUAGUAUCAAAUGGUAUUUAAGUUUACUGCAAUCAAACUAUGGUUUCCUGGAACAUGUGACUGUCCUAAUUGGUAUUGCUGUGAAUGAGAAGCCAGUAGCUGGAGUCAUACACCAACCUUACUAUAAAACUCUUAUUGGCGGAGAAAAAAAAAUUGGCCGUACCAUUUGGGGCAUACAAGAAGUGGGUGUUGGAGGAUUCACACCAGCACCCCCUCCUGAUGCUUUGGUUAUCACCACUACACGGAGUCAUUCUAACCCAAUGGUAGAGAAAGCAUUGCAAGUUAUGAAUGCAAAUCAAAUAUUAAGAGUUGGUGGUGCAGGUUACAAGGUUUUACAAUUACUUGAAGGUGUUGCAUCAAUAUAUGUAUUUGCAAGUGGAGGUUGUAAAAAGUGGGACACUUGUGCACCUGAAGCUAUACUUUCGGCUGCAGGAGGAAAAUUAACCGACAUUUUGGGUAACUACUACAAGUACGGGGCAUCAGAAUCACGUCCAAACAAAACCGGAGUGCUAGCUGCAGUCAAUAAUGACCUUCAUAGUUAUGCAUUGAACAGAAUACCUGAAGAACUAAAAGAUACUCUGUCAAAAAAGUAA